AUGAGCAAAGACAUCGAGAAGACGAGCGCUGAAAUAGCCCCGUCACCAACAUAUGAGUAUGGAUCCUCGGAUGAACCUAAAGGCACCGCUUGGGGAAACUUCAGAGAUAGUUUCAAGCGCCAGCCUGGUGUGUCGACAGCAGAUGGACCAGAAGAUCCAGCCCAGCUCUCCCGCCGUCUGAAGGGCCGCCACCUCCAGAUGAUUGCCAUUGGAGGCUCGAUUGGUACAGGUCUCUUCAUCGGUUCGGGUUCCGCUCUCGCAAAGGGUGGUCCCGCGUCACUCGUUCUCGCCUUCGGUCUCAUUGGAAUCAUGUUGUACUGUACCGUCCAUGCACUGGGCGAGAUGGCCGUCAUGUACCCUGUCUCUGGUUCUUUCGCUACCUUCUCGAGCCGAUUCAUUGAUCCUGCGUGGGGUUUCGCCAUGGGUUGGAAUUAUGCGAUGCAGUGGCUCAUUGUGCUCCCGCUCGAAAUCAUUGCGGCGGCCAUCACAUUAACCUACUGGGAAGGUGCGAGAGAUGUCAACUCUGCUGCUUGGUCCACCAUCUUCUUCGUGUUGAUUGUUGCAAUCAACUUGUUCGGAGUCAAGGGCUACGGUGAAGCAGAGUUUGUCUUCUCGCUCAUCAAAGUUAUUGCUGUCAUCGGUUUCAUCAUCCUCGGCAUAUGCAUCAACGUCGGCGCCAGCCCGACCGGCGAAGUUAUUGGUGACAAGUACUGGAGCGACCCGGGCGCGUUCAAUAAUGGGUUCAAGGGGCUUUGCAGUGUCUUCGUUACUGCGGCGUUCGCAUUCGCAGGUACCGAACUCGUCGGUCUAGCCGCCGCGGAGACCCAAAACCCCAGAAGGAUGCUUCCUACAGCGAUCAAGCAGGUGUUCUGGAGAAUUACUCUCUUCUACAUUGUCUCGCUUGUAAUUGUUGGCUGCCUGGUCCCCUACACCGAACCUGAACUUCUUAAUGGAUCCAGCAGCGUCGACAUCACAGCAUCACCCUUCGUUAUUGCCAUCUCGAACGCUUCGAUCCCUGUCCUCCCAUCGAUAUUCAACGUUGUUAUCAUGAUUGCCGUGCUUUCGGUGGGCAACUCGUCCAUCUACGGAUCGUCGCGUGUGCUAGCUGGUAUGGCUGAGCGCGGACAGGCGCCCAAGAUACUUGCCUAUAUUGAUCGCUCUGGUCGGCCCCUUGUGUCUAUCCUCGUCGCGUCUGCGUUUGGACUUCUGUACCUGAUUGUCGCAGCCGGUGAUCAGGCUCGUAGCGACGCGUUCAACUGGAUGCUUGCACUUUCUGGUCUAUCGUCCAUUUUCACGUGGGGAUCCAUCUGUCUUGCGCACAUCCGAUUCAGGUCUGCGUGGAAGAAGCAGGGACACAGUCUCGACGAGCUCGCAUUCAGGAGUCAGCCUGGUGUUAUUGGCUCUUGGGUAGGAUUUAUCUUCAACUGCCUCGUCCUGAUCGCGCAGUUCUGGACUGGAUUUGCUCCGGUUGGCUACGGCGAGCUCACUGCCAACGAACGAGUCAUCAGCUUCUUCCAGGCAUAUCUCAGCGCACCCAUCAUCGUCGUGACGUACGUGGUGUACAAGAUCAUCUACAAGACACCGAUCAUGCGAUCGCAUACAAUCGAUCUCCAGACCGGACGUCGCGAGCUCGACCUGCAACACCUGAUUGAGGAGGAGCAGGCGGAGAAGCGGGCAUGGCCUAUGUGGAAGAAGGUGUACAAGUUCUUUUGCUAG